GUUGCUGUGCUGACUCAUGCACCGGAGCAGCCAGUAGGAACCAGGAACAUGGGCUCCCCAGGGGCCGCGGUAGACUGGGGGCUUCUGGAUUACAAAACUGAGAAGUAUGUGAUGACCAGGAACUGUCGGGUGGGUGCCCUGCAAAGGCUGCUGCAGCUCGGAGCUGUAGUCUACAUGGUGGGGUGGGCCCUUCUGGCCAAAAAGGGCUACCAGGAGCAGGACCUGGACCCCCAGGUUUCUGUCAUCACCAAACUCAAAGGGGUUUCUGUGACACAAAUCAAGGAACUGGGGGACCAGCUAUGGGACACGGCUGACUUCGUGAAGCCAUCACAGGGAGAAAAUGUAUUCUUCUUGGUGACCAAUUUCCUUGUGACACCAAAGCAAGUUCAGGGAACAUGCCCAGAGCACCCCUCCAUCCCACUGGCCAACUGCUGGGCCGAUGAGGACUGUCCAGAAGGAGAGAUGGGGACGCACAGUCACGGCAUAAAAACAGGUCAGUGUGUGGUUUUCAAUGGAACGCACAGGACCUGUGAGAUCUGGGGCUGGUGCCCUGUGGAGAGUGGUGCUGUGCCAGUGAAGCCCUUGCUGAUCCAGGCCGAGAACUUUACACUGUUCAUCAAAAACGCAGUCACCUUUAGCAAGUUUAACUUUUCCAAGUCCAAUGCCUUAGAGAUCUGGGAUGACACCUAUUUCAAGAGCUGCCGCUAUGACCCGCACUCCAGCCCCUAUUGCCCUGUGUUCCGAAUCGGGGACCUUGUGGCUGCAGCUGGAGGGGUCUUUGAGGACCUGGCAUUGCUGGGCGGUGCUGUGAGCAUCCACAUCCGCUGGGAUUGUGACCUGGACCACAGGAACUCUGACUGCAGGCCCCACUACUCCUUCCACCUGCUGCAGAGAAGUUACAACUUCAGGACAGCCACUCACUGGUGGGAGACCCCUGGCGUGGAGGCCCGGAAUCUUCUCAAGCUCUAUGGGAUCCGUUUUGAUAUUGUGGUCACCGGGCAGGCAGGGAAGUUCGGGCUCAUCCCCACAACCAUCACUCUGGGCACAGGAGUGGCUUGGCUGGGUGUGAUCACCUUCUUCUGUGAUCUGCUGCUGUUGUAUGUGGAUGGAGAAGCCCAAUUUUACUGGAGGACCAAGUACGAGGAGGCAAAGGCCCCAAAGGUGACCACCCACCAUGAGCAGACAGAGCUGGCCUCAGUACCCUCACACUCUUAGAGGGGGCCCAGCACCCACCCCCUUGGCUGCUGAUGCUGGGAGCUGAACAGUGACGCUGGGGUGGCCUUCUCAAGCUAUGGGCCCAA